AGUAUAUAAGACAAGUUCUCAUAACUGAAAAAAUAUCGGCAAAUGCAUAAACCCUAACGACAUCGGAUUAGUAAUUUUAUACCUCAACAUUUUCGGAGUGUUUUAUAAUUUCUGUGUUUUUGUUUUACUUUAAUUAAAAAGUCAAUAGUUGAUCUGGGAGUACAAACAGCAAACUUCAUAGUGUAUCUCAAGUUCUAAGUUCAUCAUCCUGGUUUGCAAAUUGCAAUCCCAUCUAUUGAGAGGCAAAAAAUGACGAUGUUUCACUUCUUCAAUUGUGCUAUCUUGACAUUCGGCCCUCAUUUCGUUUACUAUUCCGCUACUCCUUUAUCCGAGUAUGACACAAUUGGGACAUCUAUCAAGACUGCCAUUGUUUAUCUUGUUACGGCUUUAGUGAAGCUUGUUUGUUUGGCAACCUUUCUGAAGGUAUCAGAUAGUGAAAACUUUGAUCCAUAUCAGGAACUCUUAAAAGCAUCAAUCGGUUUUAUAGAUGUUGCGGGGCUAUACUUCGCCCUGACUCAACUGACACACAGGAAUAUCUCCCAAAAUCACAAAUUUCAAGCUGUUGGUCUUGGAUGGGCUUUUGCCGAUGCGGUUUUGCAUAGAUUAGCGCCUCUUUGGGUGGGUGCCAGGGGAUUGGAAUUUACCUGGGAUUACAUCCUCCAGGGUCUCGAAGCAAAUGCCAAUCUGGUAUUGACUAUAUCUCUUGCUGCGUUGGGGUCAUUGAUGUGGCUCAGGAAAAACAAGCCGAAGACACUGAUACCUAUUAUAUAUUUAUGUGCUGGUAUAGUAGCCACCAUGCCGUCUAUCACAAGCUAUUUGCGGCGUGGUAUGGGAUGGCAGUUUCCUGAAGUUGUUGGCUUUCAGUUGGUCACUUCUUUGUUGAUCGCUUUCAUUAGCUGGCAACUCUUUGCCGCAUGUCAAAGACCAUCGUUUUAAAUGGCGUUGAAAUGCUCGUUCUAUGCAGCCAAUGAUCGGCAGUGGGACUUGAAGUCCCGGAAAUAUGCCAUUUUGACAUGUAUUCGACAGUUCUCCCUUUUGGAGCUUAAGUUGUGUCUUUAUUUCUUGGAAUUUUGUCCGAAACUGGCUUGGCAGUAGUAGUUAGCUAGGUUUGGAAGUCGCUGCUAGGUCCUUUCAACACGAGACAUUUGCGAUUUACGAGGGAAGAUGCAGUUGGUAAGGUGGAUUCACAUACAAUUCCGAGUAACAGAGCAGGACGUUCGCUUUUGAUUUAAUUAGUUUCUCUACUCGACACUAGACACUAGCCAGGCACUUGUCUUGUUUUGGAUGAUCAUUGUUUGCUUCAAAUAUCUAGAUUGCAGAAUUGUGUUUUUUUUUUUUCCUUUUGGCCUUUGCUAGCCACUCUGAGAUAUUUGUAACUGCAUUUACCAAGCUCUCUUGUGUUGUAUGCAAUAUGCACUACAAGUCUGCAACACAUUUAGCUUCUUAAGUUUUGUGACUAUAAUCUUUCAAUAUAUAGAAAUUAGACUUUCACCCAUCAUUAAAAUUUAUCUCUUUUGGCCAAAAUUAUC